AGGGCGUGUAUUCGGACCAUUGGAAUUCUCUCGUCGUGAUCUGAUGGCGCUGAAUAUCCAACGAGGCCGUGACCAUGGUUUGCCGGAUUAUAAUACAGCUCGUGAGUGUCUGGGAUUAGGACGAAAGAAUUCUUUCGCAGAAAUCAAUAAAAAUCAACCUGAAUUAGCACCAGAAACAUUCAUCGGUCCAGAGGAACUGGAACGACUAAGAGCGGUAUACGAUGGUGAUCUUGACCAAGUAGACAUAUGGGCCGGAGGAUUGAUGGAAACCACGAGCAAUGGACCUGGGGAACUCUUCAGAUUCAUCAUCAAGGAUCAGUUUGUAAGGUCAAGGGAUGCUGAUCGAUUCUGGUUUGAAAACGAAAAGAAUGGUUUAUUCACUCCGGUCGAGAUUGCAUUCAUCAGGAAUAUCACAUUAUGGAAUAUUAUUGUAGCUGCCACUUCCAUCAAUGGAUCAGCCUUACAAAAAGACCCUUUCCACUACACAGAGAAUGAUCCAUGCUAUGCUGAGCAUCCAUUCGAGGGUGAGAAUCGAACCAUCAGUGAAAAUGACAUGGAACCAUGCACCAAGCUUCAAAUAUUUGACUACUUCACUGGUAGUGAGGUGUCUUAUGCCCUCUCCUUCCUUGCUCUUGGAAUAUGGGUUGUAGAGGCAGUUUAUAAUCACUCGCGUCGCGUGCGGGCUCGUGUUAUAGCAGUUCUCCUCAUCCUGGCUCAUAUUAGACAACAUCGCAUCCAGGAAGCUCGCAAGUUACAACACAGGAAAACUAGGUCACGUGACCCAAGUAGAAUCAAGACCUACGCAGUAAUUCUAAGGAAAACGUCUAAUGGCAUGAUGGUUGGUUAA